AUGGAGAACCUUAUUGGCAUGGCUCCUCCGCCGCCAGAAGAUCCAAAGGAGAGAGCUCCCGCCGGUGCACCUUUCGAUUGGAUUUGGCUUAACUUUGGACAAUGCCCGGAAGGGGCCAACAGGGACACUAUCAGGACGUACACCUGCGUGUACUUGUGGUACAUGAUUUCGAGGACUCUCUUUCCUGACAGUGGUGGGAAGCUGGCCCAUUGGUGUUGGCUCAAGGCGCUUAAGGUGUUGGAGCACCGGUGGAGUAGGGGAACAGCGGCACUUGCCUACCUCUACCGGCAGUUGGACGAAACUUGUCACAGGACUGGGAGCGGUGGUAUUGGUGGAUGUUUGCUCCUACUUUCCGUAUGGAGCUGGGACCGCCUAUCAGUUGGGCGGCCCAGGAUACUCAACGAGAGGCCAUGGCAUCAUCACCGGAACAACCUUGAUCGGGAGCCCACUUGGGCAUACCUUUGGGACAAUGUCUCCGAGAUGACGAGCGAUCCAAAGAUCAUGUACAUGCACUACACUGAGGAGUUGGACACUCUUACCGCUGAGCAGGGGUGCCCACCUCAGUGGCAAGACACGGACCACACGCUUCAUAGCAACUAUCUCCAAUGGUUUCAUCAAAGCACGCGUAUCGAGUUAGUGAAACCCGCGUAUGAUGACGACAUCUUGGAUGACCCCAUCGAGUUCGAUGAGGUUGCGCAAAGAUUUGCCGGAAUAGUUGACUCCGGGCAAGCAUGGGCGGUUCCUGAGAAAUAUCUGAUCGAUCACAGUAGCCCCUCUUAUGCCCACAUCAAAGUCAACAUAGGUUACAACAAGAAGAUAACAUCAAGUCAUCAGUCCGCUGAACUGGCGGGCAGGCAGAGAGGUGUCUUUUUCUUCGGUGUUGAAUUGGUGACCAAACAUGUUCACGCGGUGCAGCGCUAUUCAGAGACUGUCAUGGCCAAAGAUUGUAUAGCUUUGGAAGUAGUUUGGAUACCUCCACAAGGCAACUUCGAGCCUGUAUAG